AUGGUCGCAAUCAAGACAAUCAAGGCCUCCAACUCCACAACCCUCCCCCAAACCCUCCCUGACAAUCUCACCGCGGUCUUUCUUGGCGCCACAUCAGGUAUCGGUCGCAGCACAGUAAAGCAACUCGCCAUCGCCACAGAUGGAAAGUCUCCAACCAUCUACAUCGUUGGUCGAAGUGCUUCUGCCGCAACAGCACUUGUCGCAGAGCUUCGCCAGGGUAACCCAUCUGCUACCAUCGAAUUCAUUGAGAGAGAUGUCUCCCUCGUAAAGGAAGCCGACGCUGCUAUGCAAGAGAUCUCAAAGCGAGAGGAAAAGGUUGAUAUCUUGUUCAUGUCUGUCGGAUUCAUGUCUUUUGAAGGAAGAAAAGAAACAAAGGAAAAGCUAGAGCCAUCUUUCACAACCCGCUACUACAGCCGUGUCCGCUCAAUCCAGGCUUUACUACCCCUUCUCAACCGUAGCGCAAACCCUCACGUCGUCAACAUCCUCGCUGGCGGCAUGGAAGGUCCUCUGGUUGAAGACGACAUUGAUCUCGCCAAGCCAGGAAACUAUGGUGUCGCAUCUUCCGCCAACCAAGUUGCUACCAUGCUCACUCUCGUCUUGGAACGCUUUGCGCAAGAGAACCCAAAGAUCAGCUUUGUUCACGCUUUCCCUGGUCUAACCGCAACACCUCUUCUUUCUCGCGGAUCAAGUGGAAUUAUCGGUUUCCUCCUCCAGUGGAUUGUUACUCCUCUGGGUGGCCUGUUCUUCUCCAGCCCCAAUGAUGUGGCCGCUCGUGCACUGUUCUACGCUACCAAUGCGAGAUACACUGUCGAGGAGACUGAGUCGUCGGCUGUUCCUGUGCCUGAAGGUCUCGAGAAAGCUAAGAGAUCUGCUGGUGGAGUGUUUUUGAUCAAUGAUAAGAGUGAGGCGGCGGAUAACGAAAAGGUUCUGGCAGGUAUCAGAGAGAAGAUGGCUGGGCCUGUCCAGGCUCAUUUGGAUAAUGUUUUCAAGGGACUUUUCCAGUAG